CACAUUUUUCCAACAAUUUUUCCAAGUAAGGACAUACCGUUGCAAGCUGAGGAACUUGCUGCCAGAAUCUUAUAGCUCUCCUAAUUAGCAGAAUCAUACUUCAGCCUCCCCGCCACGGUUUCAUUUCGCUGCUCCACCACACACAUGACGACGACAACCGCGCCUAACGCUGAAGUCGACCCGAAAACCCUACCGCAGUCGCCAUCUCAACAGCCGGAUUCUGAUGCAUCUGAAGUAGCUCGCACCGCCAUCCAGCCUCCAAGCGAAUCCAAGACAGCGGUCACCACCACCGUGGUCAACAACAGCAGCGGCGAAGUUGAUAUUCAGAAGAAGAUUAAGCGUGCCGAGAGGUUCGGAGUGCCCGUGCAACUAUCUGAAAAAGAAAAACGAAAUUCGAGAGCUGAAAGGUUUGGCACCACUUCUUCAAAUCCUGGAUCAGAUUCAUCAAAUAAAGCAGAGGAAGUGAAGAGGAAGGCUAGGGCAGAGAGGUUUGGGCUUGAACAAGUUGCCCCAACGGACGAGGAAGCAAAAAAGAAAGCAAGGCUUGCAAGGUUUGCGCCAGUCGCAAAAGUUGAUCCUGUGGAGGAAGAUAAAAAGAAAGCAAGAGCUAUGAGGUUUUCACAAUCUGAGUCUGAUGCUCCAUCGCGAACAAAUGGAAAAGGAAAGCCUGAGGGGGGAACUGUUUCUGGGGAGGCAGGAGAGACCUGAAUUAUGUAAGAUGUAGUUCUAAAGCUAGCAGGUUAUGAGUCUGACAUCUUGCAACUUGACUAAUAGCUUUUUAGGACAAUGGCGAGGAAAGUUUUCCUCAAGUAUUCGAAGUGGUUCUUGUCUACAUACAACAUAUAUUUUUGUUUUUUUUUUUUUCCAGUGAGCCCUCGGACUGUUGGAAGCAACCUCUGUAGUACGUGUAUCUUCUCAAAUGGCCAGAACAAUGUAAAAAAUGCAGGCUUAAAAAUUUUGUAGUUCAAGAAUCUAUGGUAUAUUCGUAUCACAAUACAAGCUUGAUUUCCUAAAAUCUUUUCUCACUUCUUGAUAUUUAUUUGCUUAAACAUAGAUGCUAAGAAUCUAAUUUCAGGACAUUCAAAACACGUGAUGCAUGUUUAAUGGUGAAAAUGAGAUCUUGAAAUCUUGAAAACCCGGCGUAUAGGUGUAGGAACAAUAUUUUCAACUUGAGGUAUCGGUAAAGCGUGGAAGACCAGCAAAUAUAAAUCAUAAACAACUUUUUCUUGCAUUAGUUGAUCGAGUAGGAUUAGCUUGUACUUUGGACUUAUCUCGUUGCAACUUUCAACCAUGCUUUUACUAUCCUAUUUUGAAUCUAUAUAUAGCCUUGAAGAGAAUACUAAUAUAGUGAGAUUUAGUACUGGUAUUCCAAUCUAAAUUUCGUAGAAGUGGAUAGGAAAAUGAACUCACAUCUUAUUUGGGUUGAAGGUGACUUAGUAGCAGUCUAUUAUGAUACUAGGAUUGACAUUGUGAAAUGGCCAUUUUAAGAGAAUUUGAUGCUAAGGAGGUGCUGUCUGACUGAGUGAAUUCUGUGCGGUCACUGGAAUUUAAUACUACGUUUAUUGUUGUAUGUAUUAGAACAAGUGCAAGACACGAGUAUGUAAUCUUGAUGCUUUGAGCUUGUCCUGUUGUUAAUGUCUUCCACCUCUCUCUGUUCGCAAUGCUUCUGCAUAAUUUCUUCUGAUGAGUGAUAACAUCUCAUGAGACCGUUCGUUAUCU